CAACUCACUGUCAAUCCGCAUCCAAGCCUAGAUCGUUGUCUGAAUCAUUCUAGAAACUAUUUCCUACUCGAGUAACUCGAAACUCAAAUCUCUCCUAACUCAAUCUUCUACUCUCUUGGCAGUAUGGGUUCCUCGGCCGUCGCUGAAUCGCUUCAAAGAAAGCAUCCUCUACAACGUAUUGCCAGUCCUUCCAGAGGGUUCUCGGCCCUGGUCCAUCUUCUGGGUCUCACUAGCUUUAUAUGGUCAUUCAAAUAUAUGCACGAUAACCCCAAUCAUGCGAACGAAGCAUAUGGCUGGCAUUUUCAAUACCUCACCGUGCUAGGCCUCUCUCUGUCCCUCGUCACCAUGGCCUGUGGUUUUAUCGCUGAUGUGACACUAUCUCCCCGCCUCUUUCUCAUCAAGAACCUCCUCUCGAUGUGCUGUACGCCAUUGGAGGUGCUGAUCAGCAUUCUUUACUGGGGUCUUCGCUUGAUCGACAAGCGUCUUGUCGUUCCUGACUGGGCUGUUAUUCCCUUAAAUGCCGACAUAAGCUUCCAUGCCGUCCCGUCUGUGAUCCUUCUGAUAGAUCUCCUGCUUUUGUCACCACCCUGGACGAUCACCAUUCUUCCCGCACUGGGAUUAUCCAGCACUAUAGCGAUAGGGUACUGGUUCUGGAUCGAACGGUGCUUUCAAUACAACGGAAUGUAUCCUUAUCCGAUCUUUGAGGUGGCUAGCUUCGAAGGUCGUAUUGGAAUCUUUGCUAUCAGUGCAGUGGUCAUGGCGCUGAGUACUGGCACUUUGAAAUGGUUGCACGGACGUGUCAAUGGCUUCGGAACGAGCAAGCCCCAGUCUCGGCCGGGUGCCAUCAAGCAGAACGGUCACUUCUAGCGCACUUGCACAUGUAUUAGAACCGGGUGGCACAUGACAGCAAUCUAGCUGGAAGCUAUUGUCUUAGCAGGUGGAUGGCAUGGGUUGUGUAUACAGCGUUGGUGAAGCUUUCUAGAGUGUGAGCUGUGAUGUGGGGUUAUCCCAUAGACAUGACUAUAGAAUUUUGG